GCCGCCAGGGGGCGCCACAUCCGGGGCGGAGACGGCACCGCCAUGGCGGCGGCGUUCAAAACUGUGGAACCAUUGGAAUAUUACAGGAGGUUUUUGAAGGAGAACUGUCGGCCUGAUGGAAGAGAGUUAGGUGAAUUUCGGACAACCACUGUCAACAUAGGUUCAAUUACAACUGCAGAUGGUUCUGCCCUGGUGAAGUUAGGAAAUACCACAGUGAUUUGCGGAGUAAAAGCGGAACUUGCUGCACCUGCAGUGGAUGCUGCUAAUAAGGGAUAUAUUGUUCCAAAUGUGGAGCUGCCAUCCCUCUGUGCAGAGAGGUUUCGCUCUGGACCACCUGGUGAAGAGGCUCAAGCAGCAAGUCAGUUCAUUGCAGAUGUGAUUGAAAAUUCACAGAUGAUGGUGAAAGAAGAUCUGUGUAUUGCCAAUGGCAAGCUUGCAUGGGUGUUAUACUGUGAUAUCAUAUGUCUGGACUAUGAUGGAAACCUUCUGGAUGCCAGUGUCUUUGCUUUGUUGGCAGCAUUAAAAAAUGUGCAAUUGCCGUUGGUUACGAUAAACGAAGAAACUGGUUUAUCAGAAGUUAAUUUAAAACAGAAGAAUCCUUUGAUUAUCAGAAAGCAUCCGGUUGCCACAUCAUUUGCUGUAUUUGAUGAUGUGAGAAACACUCUACUGGAGGAAUACAGAACACAACAGAACAGUUCCAUUCCCAAAAGCAACUGCAGAUCUUUGGGAUGUCAGUCAACAGGGAUCCCAUUCUCCCUUUAUUACAGAGGUCCAGAAUAUUUUAUAAAAGUGUCUCUUCUGGUUAUGCUGCCUGUGAAACUGUCAACCCUCCUUCAGCUGGAGGUCCAUGUCAGAUGAGAAGUCUAAAUGCAAGGGCUGAACAAUCACUCCCCUGUGAGCAUUAUGACAGACAUUUGCUAAAGCAUUAGGGAUACAAGUUUAAAAUAUUGUUUUAUCAAAUUGAAUCAGAUACUACAUCUCUACUCAUCUAAGACAACCAAGCUGAGGGAACACUGUUUCACAAACAUGAGUGGAAUAUACAAAAUGACCUUGAAAUAUACUCCUCUAUUGUUUCUUCUUGUCCUUGUCCCUGAAACCCUGUUGAUUAUUCUGAUGAAAGGACUUGUGCAACUCAGUGAUAUGAUCAGGAAAUCAAUCCCAG